GCAAAUUUCAAACGCCGUCCAAUCGUCAGACUAACUGCUGGAUAACCGCCGACAAGUGCGUUUGUUAUAUUUUUAACACAACCAUUUCGUUUAAGAAGAUUUUUUAACUCUUUUUUUAGUCUGCGGGGGCAACAUGAGAGUGAGUGAAGUCCACGCAGCAGAGUCUGUUGCCUACCUUAACAGAGCACUCUUCAGACUUCAGGACAUUUGGGAGGAAAUUGGUAUUCCAGAGGAGCAGCGCCUACAAAGGACCAAUGAUGUUCACAAGCACAUCAAGGGUUUGCUGGACCUCAUGAUUGCUGAAGAGGAGGAGCUCAAAAAGAGACUACUGAAAAACAUCGAGUCUUAUCUGAAGGAACUUCGUCAACUGUGUGAUGAACUUCAGCUGCCGGCCUUUGAGGAGGAGGAAGGCUGCACCAUGUUGCAGAUGGAGAAGAACAGCCGCACGCGUCUUGAGGUGAUGAAGGAGCACAAGAGGCAAAGAAUGGAGGAGCUUCAAGGCCUUGUUAGCAAAGACCGUGAGCUGUGUGAUAUUAUGUGCACUACCCCAUUCUGCAUUGACCAUGACUCCAUCCCAUCACUGACGCAACUGGAGUCUUAUCAUGCCUACCUAAAUGAUCUGACAAAGGAGAAGGAAAAUCGUCAUGAUGAAUUUGUCAGUGUCAAAAGGGAAAUUGGCACAUGCAUGGAGGAUUUGGAACGGCAGCCCGAGACUAGUUUUGAGAUGGAUGUGAUGUGUGAAGACGAGGAGGCCUUUUGUUUGUCAAAUGACAACAUUGCUGCUCUUAAGCUGCUCCUUAGUCAGUUACAAGAACAGAAGGCUGAGAAUGAGCUCCGCUGCUCAACUUUCCGCACGAAGAUCCAGGAGCUGUGGGAAAGACUUAACAUUCCUCAAGAGGAGAGGGAUGCCCUUUCAGAGCACAUGGUCCAGUCAAAGAAGAGAAACAUUGAGGCACUCCGGGUUGAGGUCCAGCGUCUUGAUGUGCUGAAAAUGCAGAGCAUGAAGAGCGUCAUUGAGUCCAUCAGAGCUGAGAUCGCUCUCUUCUGGGAGAGAUGCUUCUACAGCCAAGAAAAGCAACACGCAUUUGUUUCAUAUCAUUCUGAUGACUUCACUGAAGAGCUCCUCGAUCUGCAUGAGGCCGAGGUGCAGAUCCUGAAAAAGUAUUACGAAGACCACAGAGAGCUCUUUGAGGGAGUCACCAAAUGGCAGGAGAACUGGACCCUGUUCAUGGAACUCGAUAAAAAGGCGAAUGACCCAGGGAGGUUCAACAACCGAGGCGGGAACCUUCUGAAAGAAGAGAAGCAGAGAAGUGAUCUGCAGAAAAGUUUGCCAAAGCUGGAAAAAUCUCUGAAGGCCCAGAUAGAUAUUUGGGAGCAGGAGAAUGGCAGAGAGUUCCAGGUCAAUGGACAGAAAUUUCUGGAGUAUGUGCAGCAACAGUGGGAUCACCAUCACGCUGAGAAGGAGAAGGAGAAGCUUGAGAGGCAAAUGAAGAAAAGUAAGCAGACACAGGAGGACAUGUUGUAUGGAACUACAAUGAGAACACCAUCCAAAAGGCGGAUAGCAGGGACACCCACACCUGGAAAAGUGAGAAAGCUCAAUGGAACCUCAACUAUCUCCACUCCAAACAGCUUCCUUAGCUCAGGUCUCAGUGGAACCAUGUGCCAGUCCAUCCAGAAACCCCCCCUGUCUGCCAGCAAGGGUCAUGUCCUGCGAACCCCUGGACACCUGAAGACACCUCGUGCACUAGACCGAAACAAGGAAAACCUCUCCCAUAUCAGAACUCCAAGUGGCACACUAAGGUCUCAGGAUACUCAAGAUCACACCUUCACCUUUAACUCUAUUGCUGGCUCCUAUUCGGAAUUUGCGAGGGACCUGUCGAAAGCUUCUAAAUCGAACGUGAAGACAGGUCUGCUGAACUCCACCGUCGGCCAGCUGUGAUGGAUCAAAGCAGCCUCCCAGCUCUGCUACUGUUUGGUAUAGUUUUUGCACAGUGGACAAGUAGAGGAAUGUAAAUGUACGCCUACAAAAACUUGUAAAUAUUUACAUCUGUGUGACCAUCUGUCUUGUCUUUCCUGUUUUUAAAGGUUUUAUUUCAGGGUUUCUGCUCAAGCAAUUCUUUCACUUGUAAGCUUUUUUUAAUCUGGCAAGUUAAUAAUGUUGGUCCCCGGGCGGUUGUAGCUUUUAUUUUACUUUUCGUGGAGGGGUAGGGGUUCAGCCUUUUAAAUCAAACAUUAUUAGCAAUGUCUAGAGCACUACAUUUUGAUAGGACUUUAGCAGUAAGCCACCGCACACCUGUUUUAUUCUUCCUCUUCAGCUGGAAUAACAGCUCUUCUCAUGCAAAUUAUUUUCAGUGCUUUUUUUUUUUUAUAAUCAGGCUGUAAAUAAAUGUUUUAAAAAAU